CGCUGGGUGCGGGCCGGGAUGGAGCCGCCGCCGCCCGCCUGAGCCCCGCUGCGGCCCGGGGGGACCCCCGGCAGCCCGGGGGGGAUGGCGCUCAGCUCCCGGGCUCACGCCUUCUCGGUGGAAGCCCUGGUGGGCCGCUCGGCCAAGAGGAAGGUGCCGGAGGGGCGCGAUGAGGAGCCCGGCCCCGGCUGCCGCUCGGCCCGCAGAGCCCCCGAGGCGGAGAAGCGGCCCAAGGCCGGCGCCGAGGCGCGGCCGGCCGGGGUGCAGGUGGAGCUGCAGGGCUCCGAGCUCUGGAGGAGGUUCCACGACAUCGGUACCGAGAUGAUCAUCACCAAGGCCGGCAGGAGGAUGUUCCCGUCGGUGCGGGUGAAGGUGAAGGGGCUGGAUCCGCUGCAGCAAUAUUACAUCGCCAUCGACGUCGUCCCGGUGGACUCCAAAAGAUACAGGUACGUCUAUCACAGCUCGCAGUGGAUGGUGGCGGGGAACACGGACCACUCGUGCAUCACCCCGCGGCUCUACAUCCACCCCGACUCCCCCUGCUCGGGGGAGACCUGGAUGAGACAAAUCAUCAGCUUCGACCGGGUGAAGCUCACCAACAACGAGAUGGACGACAAGGGGCACAUCAUCCUGCAGUCCAUGCACAAGUACAAGCCCCGCGUCCACAUUAUCGCCCAGGACUCUCGCUUCGAUCUAGCGCAGAUCCAGUCGCUGCCGGCCGAGGGGGUGCAGACCUUCUCCUUCCAGGAGACUGAGUUCACCACCGUGACGGCCUACCAGAACCAGCAGAUCACGAAGCUGAAGAUCGACAGGAAUCCCUUCGCCAAAGGUUUUCGGGACCCCGGCAGGAACAGGGGGGUCCUGGAUGGGCUCCUGGAUUCCUACCCGUGGCGACCGCCCCUCGCCCUGGAUUUCAAGGCUUUCGGCGCAGACAGCCACGGUGGGAGCUCCAGCUCUUCCCCGGUGACCUCCAGCGGUGGGACCCCCUCUCCUCUGAACCCCUUGCUGUCUCCCUCGUGCUCCCCUCCCACGUUCCACCUGCCAGGGAGCAACAUCGGCGUGUCGUGCCCCGAGACCUUCCUGCCCAACCUCAGCGUGCCCCUCUACUACAAGAUCUGCCCUACGAGCUUCUUAAGACAACAGUCUCUCAUCUUUCCGAGCCACAAAAAGCUGGGAGGCACCAACCCACACCUCUUACCCCACUUCAUGGUGGAUGUGCCCAAACUGUCCUCCCUCGGCAUAACCAACCUGAAAAGCGCCAAAGCCGAAGACUUAAACACUCAGUGCCUGCAAGUGCCCGGCUCUGCUGGUCAAAUGCUGUAUGGAUUACAUGCAUCUGGAAACAUUUUCCCAUCAAGUCCCAUUGCUCGGGAAGCACUUAAUUGUUCUUUACAUCCUCCAUAUGGCCUGUAUGGUUAUAACUUCUCUGUGCCAUCCAGACUGAUGAAUGCAGGAGGCCAUUUCAAAGGGAGUGACAGCGUCCCGGCCGCUCUGAGCGAGGGCAGAUGUCACCACUCCAGCUGGCACCCCACAGUUAACCACUGCCUUUAGUGGAAUCACAGAAUAUUCCGAAGCAUUGAUAUGUAAAGCAAGUCCUUCCUUCCUUUCAUGCCCACGAACUUGUUAGUUAUUGACUCUGAAACACUUCAUGGUACAGGAGAGGGAUGUCCAGGCUUUUAACCCUUUCUUUUGUGGGCAGAUGUGUCGUGGUGUUGGGAGGGUAGAGGAUUCGGAAGGGUGCAAGAUCUUGGAGCAUGGACAGUCUGAGAUGACCCACAGCCAAGUGAUCCCUUUUGAUCCUGUUUAUGUCACGGUUGUAGGUUGAGAGCAAACUGUGCAGUCACCUUUUUGAUAAUUGCACUCUCAAAUGGGACUGGAGGCAUCUGUAUUUCUACAAGUAUGUUUUCUCUCUCUCACUUGCCUUUAAUCAGCUCAGAGUCCUGAGGAGCUGCUGCUCACUCACUCCAGUUUUACCCCUGGGGAGCUGCUGCUCACCUACUCCAGUUUUAUCCUUAAUUUCAAAGGGACUAUCCAAGACCUGGAGUCAGCAAAGGAGCCACAUUUGGCCAAAUGCUCAAGUGUGCUCGCAAGUUCCCUUGGCUCUAACGGGUCCUAAUUAAUGACAUGAAAGUGCCUUUUCUCCAAGAUCCCGUGGGGAUGUAAAUUCAAGUGUCUGCUGCCAGGGUAAAGAAAGGCAGGAUGAAAAAUGGAUGUGUUCCUACCACAUGGGGAGAAGGUGGAGGGUGCUCAAGAGCCUCUCCAGGCCAUGCCCUCCAGCAGCACUGGCACUGACAGCGUGGUGGGAACAACAGGGAUGAGGGUCACACAUCCCUCCCACGGCAAAAUGGAUCCAAGCCGAGGGACCUGGAGGAUCCAUCUCGGAGAGCUGUGUGAGAUGAAACACCUCCAGGAGCCCUGCAGGACACUUUUCCUACCCAGUGCUCUCAGCCCCAGAAGAUCCACCUGGGAUCACAUCCAUGAGCCUGUGUCCAAGGGAAGGGGAAAGGAUGCUCCUGGCUUAGUCCCAUGGAGAACACAGAUCCUUUAUGGAGAGUUACAACUCCACAUGAGAUCCACAUCUCUCAACAUGAGAUUUUCAAUUCCUUCCAAAAGUCCUGUCUGUUUUAUUGUAACCUGUGGAUAUUCUUGUUAUUCCUGUAAAUAAUCUCCAGCUCUCAAGGGCACAG